UCGUUAUUUGGCGAGAUGAAACCAUUAAGUGCUUUUAUUCUCGGCUUGUCCGGGCUCUUCUUGAUAUUCGAGGGCGCAGAUGCGAGGUGUGAGCUGACAAUAGAAUCACCACAACCGAAAAUAAUAACUCAUUUUGGAUCGAAGCAUUGGGUUUCAGAGACGACGUCGAACAUAAUUCGUGACGACUAUGAAUCAGUUGACUUAUAUUGUGGCAAUGGAUUCGUUUAUGACACCGACGUAUACGGAAUGCAAACGAUGGAAAAGAAACGCAUUAAGUUGACAUGUAAUAGCAAUAUAAAUAUAUUUACCUUUGAUGAUAAAAAUAUACGAUAUAUAAAAUGCUUGGGUGAUCGGAUUUCCCCCAUGUAUGAGAGCUUAACGUCCAUGCCGGACUGCAAUAAAUACAUGAGUCUCGUUAUUGGCCAGAGUUUUGGAGAAUAUGGCUCCAUUAAAAACGUUGCUAUAUGCUACGAUAUUGUUAAGCAGCAGCUCAAGUAUGUUAGCUACACGGCCUAUCCAUCUAAAAUUAAGGUGCUUGCACAGUCACAAGUGGGACAACUCAACGAAUUGGGUCUCGACAUUGAAGUUGCUUAUAGCAAAAAUGUGUUCAAGCCGAUCAGCUCAGAUAGCAUUAUGAACGCGUUCCGCACCGACAAACAACUAAGUGUGGUGUUCGGCACCGGGACGUUCGAAUACAGGACGACGCCUUUAGCCAGGAUCUUAAUGAGUUUGAAGGAAUGAUCUCGAUUGUUUGGCUGCGCGCUCUUCGCAACGGCAAUUGGCGGCAUUUUCUGAACGCCCUCAGGGAUGCUAGCGUCCAUGAUAAGUUUGAUGUUAAUGUCGGUGUCUCCGGUACCGUUGCCGUGCCCACUCUGAAUGCCUGCGAGGACAACCGCACACUGUCCAUUGAAGUCGACUCGGAAAAUACCAUCAUAGUGCCCGCACACAUCUGGGCGCAUGUUCGCAACGUGGAGCCAGCUCUGAAUGCCUCUGAUUUUGUAGUUAUUGCCCAUAAUUCACCGUUUUUCACAAUCAAUGAGCGGAACGGUCUAUGCCAGAGCAUGUGCCACGAGGUGCCCUGGCUGAAGAAAAGUCUUUUCAGCAAACUACAGAAAUAUCCCGUCUAUGGACUGGUGCAGUGCUGCAAAGCUACGGAUGUUCAAAAUAAAUUGGAUAAUUUCCCCAAAUUAUCUGAAACGAAAAAAGUGGUCCAAGAACUCGAUGAUCCGAUAACAACAACCACUACUGAAAAUAUAAUUAGCAGUGAUGCUACGGAAUUCGAAUAGGCGAUGAUCUAUGACGAAUGACAUGACAUGAAUAUCCGGCAUACAUAUAUACUUUCUUAACAACAAAGUAUAAUA